AUGGGGUGGAUCGGGGUGAAGCCUGGGCGGUCGACAGAGGGUUGGAGUGCAACAACUUUCACACAGCAUAGUAAUAAAACUGAUACUUCAUGCAGUGAACAAGGCGCUUACAACCCUUUCUCACACGUGUACACCCAAAACGACGUGAGGAGCGUCAUUGAAUACUGCCGACUGAGGGGCAUCAGGGUGAUCCCAGAGUUUGACUCCCCAGGACACACCAGAUCUUGGGGAAACUCACACCCUGAGCUACUGGCCACGUGCUAGGCCCUGAUGGGCAGCCUUGGGCCAAUGGACCCAUCCAAGGAAUCGACCUUCAAAUUCGUCAACACCCUCUUCGGCGAGGUUGCUGGCCUCUUCCCUGAUGGCUACUUCCACCUCGGUGGAGAUGAGGUCAACUAUACUUGCUGGUCAACCAACCAGGCGAUAAACGACUACAUGGCCUCGAUCGGCAUUGCCAGUAACUACCAGCGACUGGAAGGCGUGUACGUCGACAGGGCGAUUGAGAUUGUGCGCAACCUGAACAUGAAGCCUAUGGUUUGGCAGGAGGUGUUCGACAACGGUGGCUCGUCCAUCGACGCGCAGACAGUGGUGCAUGUCUGGAAGGUGCAGGACUUCAUGCAAGAACUGGCCACGGUUACAGGUGCUGGACACGUGGCUCUCCUCUCUUCAUGCUGGUACCUGGACCAUCUGGUGACAGGCGGAAACUGGAAGGAGCUGUAUAACUGCGAGCCGCACGACUUCUCUGGUACGACUGCGCAGAAGGAUCUGGUUCUGGGAGGAGAGGCGUGCAUGUGGUCUGAGUACGUGGACACCAACAGCAUAGAGUCCAGGGUGUAUCCGAGGGCUAGCGCCAUGGCCGAGCGGCUGUGGAGCGAUGUAACCCAGACAAACACGGUUGAGGCCGCCAGACGGCUUGAGGAGUUCCGCUGCCGCCUUGUCAGGAGAGGCAUCAGGGCGCAACCUGCUAACGGGCCUGGAUACUGUCCUGGAGAAGUUUUCAAUGCAUAAUUAAGAAUUUGGACUGUAAAAAUGAUGAAUGGAAAUUUUUUGAAAUUAAAUGAGUUUGAGAGUUAAAAUAUAG